UUAAUGAGCGACCUAAGUAAAGAUGGCGAUCGAGCAUCGUUGAACCUUUCCUUCCUCAGUGGCGCGUUAUCACUUUUGCUGUCUUUAAGCGACAUUUCCGCUCUUCCAGCUCAACUCGUUAUAUGAGAGAAAUGUAGUUAGCCCGGGACAAAAUACUUUCGCCGGGAUUAUAGCCACCGUAAGCGGACAGUCCCGCGUUGUAGCGCUGGUUGUGCCUCGCCGCCGUGCUAAGCUAGUUAUUGUCAUUGUAAAAUGGCUCCAGUGCAGAUUGGCGCUGACGGGCAGCUGGUGCCACUCGGGGGCCCGGUCGUGUCGGGCCCCCAGCCACCCCAACCUGGAGCUCUGGCCACACAUGGCAUUCGACUGAGUCUGCUGAUCGACUUUCUUCUGCAGAGAACCUACCAUGAAAUCACCCUCCUGGCAGAGUUGCUUCCAAGGAAAACAGACAUGGAGAGGAAAAUCGAGAUUGUCCAGUUUGCGAGUCGUACCAGGCAGCUCUUUGUGCGCCUCUUGGCCUUGGUGAAGUGGGCGAGCAAUGCUGGCAAAGUGGAGAAAUGUGCGAUGAUCUCCAGCUUCUUGGAUCAGCAGACCAUUUUGUUUGUGGACACGGCCGACAGGCUAGCGUCACUCGCCCGAGACGCCCUGGUGCAUGCGCGGCUGCCCAGCUUCGCCAUCCCCUUUGCUAUUGACGUCCUCACAACAGGCUCCUAUCCACGCUUGCCCACCUGCAUACGAGAUAAAAUCAUUCCGCCAGACCCCAUCACGAAAACAGAGAAGCAGACCACCCUCAACCAGCUCAAUCAGAUCCUGCGGCACCGCCUUGUCACCACAGACCUACCUCCCCAGCUAGCCAACCUCACAGUCGCUAAUGGCCGUGUGAAGUUUAGAGUGGAAGGAGAGUUUGAGGCCACGUUGACAGUGAUGGGCGAUGACCCGGAUAUUCCCUGGAGGCUGCUGAAGUUAGAGAUUCUAGUGGAGGACAAUGAGACUGGCGAUGGCCGAGCCUUGGUGCACAGUCUGCAGGUGAAUUACAUCCACGAGCUGGUACAAGCACGCCUGUGUGCAGAUGAGAAGCCUCUACAGGACAUGUACAACUGCUUGCACUCCUUCUGUCUCUCGCUGCAGCUAGAGGUGCUCCACUCGCAGACACUAAUGCUCAUCAGAGAGCGCUGGGGGGACCUGGUGCAGGAGGAGCGAUACAUGCCUGCAAAAUACCUGACCCUCACUGUCUGGAACCAACAGGUCCUGGGCAGGAAAACAGGUACAGCUUCUGUGCAUAAAGUCACCAUCAAGAUCGACGAAUCAGAUGGAUCGAAGCCACUGCAGAUCUUCCACGAGCCCCCUCUUCCUGCGUGUGACUCCAAAUUAAUGGAGAGAGCGAUGAAGAUUGACCACCUGUCAGUGGAGAAGCUUUUGAUCGACAGCGUUCACGCCCGUUCCCACCAGAAGUUGCAGGAAUUGAAGGCCAUUCUGAAGGGAAACAAUCCUCGUGACAGCUCAUUCAUUGAAACCGCUCUGCCCACACUCGUCAUUCCCAUACUGGAGCCGUGUGGUCGCUCGGAGUGCCUGCAUAUAUUUGUCGACCUCCAUUCUGGCAUGCUGCAGCCCAUGCUGUAUGGAUUAGAUCAGUCAAUGUUGGACGACAUUGAAAAAAACGUCAACGACGACAUGAAGCGCAUUGUGUCUUGGCUUCAACAACUCAAAUUCUGGUUGGGCGAGCAGCGCUGCCGACAGUCGGUGAAGCACCUUCCCACCGUGUGCACCGACGUCCUUCACCUGUCCAACAUGGCCAUACACCCAGUGGGCAGCUUGUCCAAACACAAACUCUUCAUCAAACUCACGCGACUCCCACAGUACUACAUUGUGGUGGAAAUGCUGGAUGUGCCGAGCAACCAGACGGCGUUGCAGUACAAGUACUCCUUCCUGUUUGUGACGCAGCUGGAAGGCGACGACGGGCCCAUGUGCGCGCAGCUCUUGCAGCAUUUCAAGCCCAACCUGGAGCACCUUGUGCAGGACACCGCGUCUCCACGAGGGCACCGGACUGUGUCUAAGAGAAAAAUGACUGGAGAGCAGGCAGAAUCCGAGCCAAAGAAGCCGAAGCGUUCGGGGGAGAUGAGUGCAUUCAACAAGGAGCUGGCACACCUAGUGGCCAUGUGUGACACCAACAUGCCUUUUGUUGGCCUCAGAACUGAGCUGUCCAACAUGGAGAUUCCAAACCAAGGUGCUCAAGUGGAAGGAGACGGCAGCAGUCACGCCAUCCGCCUGCUUAAGAUCCCUCCUUGCAAAGGCGUAGGAGAGGAGACCAGGAGAGCUUUAGAGCGUUCCCUCUUGGACUGCACUUUCCGCCUGCAGGGCAGGAACAACCGCACGUGGGUGGCAGAGCUGGUGCUGGCCAAUUGCCCCCUCAACAGCACCCAUAGCAAGGAGCAAGCCUCCACCCGACACGUGUAUUUGACCUAUGAGAACCCCCUGUCGGAGCCGGUGGGUGGUCGCAAAGUGGUGGAGAUGUUCCUCAACGACUGGAGCGCCAUCAGUCAGCUGUACCAGUGUGUGCUUCACUUCUCUCGGGCGCUUCCAGAGUUGCCGUCCUACCUAGGCCUGUUCUUGGAGGUUCGCCUGUACAACUUCCGCAAGCUGGUGCUGUGCUACGGCACCACCAAGGGCAGCUCCGUCACCAUCCAGUGGAACUCCAACAGCCAGCGGUUCCACCUAGCCCUUGGUACUGUGGGGCCGAACUCGGGCUGUUCCAACUGCCACAACAUCAUUCUUCACCAGCUGCAGGAGAUGUUCAACAAGAACCCCAAUGUCAUUCAACUCCUGCAGGUGCUUUACGACACACAGGCCCCUCUGAACGCCAUCAACAAGUUACCGACUGUGCCCAUGCUGGGCCUGACCCAGCGUACCAACACCGCCUACCAGUGCUUCUCCAUCCUGCCCCAGUCGCCCACGCACAUCCGUCUGGCCUUCCGCAACAUGUACUGCAUCGAUAUCUACUGCCGUAGUCGAGGCGUGGUGGCCAUUAGGGACGGAGCCUACAGUCUCUUCGACAACACCAAGAUAGUGGAGGGCUUCUACCCGGCUCCUGGACUCAAGACAUUCCUGAACAUGUUUGUGGACAGCAACCAGGAUGCCCGCAGGCGCUCAGUCAAUGAAGAUGACAACCCACCAUCACCAGUGGGCGUGGACAUGAUGGACACGCUCAUAAACCAGCUGCAGCCUCAGCCGCAGACAAUGAGGGCUGCCGGAGGAGGCGUAUACCCACCGCUCACCUCGCCGCCUCCAAAUUACCACGCCAACGUCACUCCUUCGCCGUCCAUGAUGCCCACGCAAUCGCCAGGUGCUCUGGACCCCAGCUCUCCCUAUGCCAUGGUGUCUCCUAGCCACAGAGGCCAGUGGCCAGGCUCUCCCCAGGUGUCAGGUCCUUCUCCUGGAGCGAGAAUCCACGGCAUGUCCCCUGGUAACCCUUCGCUGCACUCACCAAUUCCUGACCCUCACUCACCACGUGCUGGACCUAGCUCCCAAGUCAUGCCCACCAGUAUGCCUCCACCCCGCAAGCUACCUCAGCGCCCCUGGGCUGCUUCCAUCCCCACUAUCCUCACCCACAAUGCCCUGCACGUGCUUCUGCUGCCCUCGCCCACUCCCUGCCUGGUGCCAGGCCUGGCAGGAAGUUACCUCUGCUCGCCACUGGAGCGCUUCCUGGGUUCGGUCAUUAUGAGGCGGCACCUGCAGAGGAUCAUUCAGCAGGAAGCCAACCUUUCCAUUGUGAACUCUAACGAGCCUGGCGUCAUCAUGUUUAAGACGGAUGUGCUCAAGUGCCGCGUGGCUCUCAACCCAAAGAACUACCAGACGCUGCAGCUUAAAGUCACACCAGAGAAUGCGGGCCCAUGGUCCCAGGAGGAGCUUCAGGUGCUGGAGAAGUUCUUUGAGACACGGGUCGCUGGCCCCCCUUUCAAGUACAACACAUUGAAUGCUUUCACAAAGCUGCUGGGAGCACCCACGCACAUCCUCAGGGACUGUGUGCGCAUCAUGAAGCUGGAACUGUUUCCAGACCAAGCUGCACAGCUGAAGUGGAAUGUCCAGUUCUGCCUCACCAUCCCUCCCAGCGCUCCCCCCAUAGCUCCCCCUGGAACCAUCGCCGUGGUUCUGAAGUCCAAGAUGCUUUUCUUUCUACAGCUGACCCAGCGCGUUCCGGUGCCGCAGGAGCCCGUGAGCAUUAUCGUGCCCAUCGUGUAUGACAUGGCGUCGGGUCUUACCCAGCAGGCUGACAUCCCCAGGCAGCACAGCUCCUCCGGGGCAGCGGCGCUCAUGGUGUCCAACAUCCUGAAGAGGUUCAACGAGCUGCACCCCGCCAGACAGGGUGAAUGCACGAUAUUCGUGUCUGUCCACGAGCUGAUGGCCAACCUCUCCCUGCCGCCCGGCACGCGUCAAUAGAAGAACCAACCAAUGACUCCAUCACAGCCCUUACAGGAAAAGGAAGCACGAUGGCUGUGGUGUCUGGACGUUUUCAAACUACGACAUGUGGUUGCCAUCAAGGAGCCUGGUUAAAAACAUUGUGAAUGAACCACAUCAAGUGUUGGUUUUUGUUACAGGCUAAAGCUGAGCAGAGGAAGUAUAUUUUGCAUAUCAAUUAUAUUUUUUACCCCUCCUGGGUGCACUUGUAAACACAAAUAUCUAUUGAAAUGAAGUUUGUUUACAAAAAUAUGUACAUUGUUGUAUAUUUGAGUGUUUCUUUUAAAAUAGCCUUAUUUUUUGUUGUUUGUGUUCUGCCGAUUUGCGUUGUAUCAGGAGAUAUUAUUCCUUACUUGUCUUCCGACUUUUGUUGAGAGCUCUGUCUUGCAUUUUUACUUUCACUACAGACUACUGUGACAAAGUUUAUAAAGCCGGUUGUAUGUGUCAAGAUAAGAAGCCCGAUGGAAGGAUUUGUUACGAUCUGUCUGAACUUUUUACUAUUUAAUAAAUGAAGCAAGCAGGAGGAGGGUCUUCCACUGGCAGAGCCCAAUGUAUUGCAGAAAUUCAGAAUAUUUACUUUACAUAUAUCUUAAACUGUUCCUAUACAUCCAUAUAAUGUACAGAGUUUUAACUAGGUGCUUUUAUAUAAAUUAAA